AUGAAGUUCCUUUUCUUCGUUGCCUUUACUCUUACUCUCUCCUUGUGCGUCGUUCAUUCCUUCAAUCUCGAGAAGGCCGCCAAAAGACUGGAGAAACUCGAAAUGCAACUCGAAGGCUAUGAGCAUCAACAACUGGUCGCCUAUGCAGAGAUGUUCUCUGAGAUCAAUGAGCUCAAGAGGUACUCAGAAGGAGAGGCAAAGAUUCGGGGAAGACGUACAGUUUGUGGACGUCGUGUUGUGGACCUCACCUUGAAAGUUUGCGGAGAACUCAGCCCAGGAACCAACAUCAACCUCUCCACCAUCUGCUGCUCAAAAGAGAAGGCUUGCACCGAGGACUUCAUCAAGACCGCCGCGUGCCCAGAGAAGAAGAACGUAUAA